GCGAGCUAGUCUGGCGGCAUGUGGCGCGGCGGCUGGAGGGCGCAGGGCGCGCUCCGGAGGCUGAGCGGCGGCAGUGCCCACCUCGGAGCCUGGAGGUGGGGGAGCACCAAGGCCUGUGAGCGAGCGCUGCAGUACCGCGUUGGAGAGAGGAUCCACGGCUUCACCAUCAGCCAGGUGACGCCUGUCCCCGAGCUGUCGCUGACAGCCGUGAAGCUCAGCCAUGACGGCACGGGAGCACAGUACUUGCACCUGGCCCGCGAGGAUGGAAACAACUUGUUCAGUGUGCAGUUCCGCACCACCCCCACCGACAGCAGCGGCGCCCCCCACAUCCUGGAGCACACGGUCCUGUGCGGCUCUCAGAGGUACCCCUGCCGAGACCCCUUCUUCAAGAUGCUGAACCGGUCGCUGUCCACAUUCAUGAAUGCCUUCACGGCUAGUGAUUACACCCUGUACCCAUUUUCCACACAAAACCCCAAGGACUUCCAGAACCUCCUGUCCGUGUAUUUGGACGCAGCCUUUUUUCCGUGCUUGCGGGAACUGGACUUCUGGCAGGAAGGAUGGCGACUGGAACAUGAGGACCCGAAUGACCCCCAGACGCCUUUGGUCUUUAAAGGUGUCGUCUUCAAUGAAAUGAAGGGAGCAUUUACAGAUAACGAGAGGAUAUUCUCACAGCACCUUCAGAACCGCCUGCUUCCUGACCACACGUACUCGGUGGUCUCCGGAGGGGACCCCCUGUGCAUCCCCGACCUCACGUGGGAGCAGCUCAGACAGUUCCAUGCCGUGCACUACCACCCCAGCAAUGCCAGGUUCUUCACUUACGGUAACUUUCCGCUGGAGCAGCAUCUGAAGCAAAUUCACGAAGAGGCCCUGAGUAAAUUUCAGAGAAUUGAGCCACGGACGUCAGUGCCAGCCCAGAAGCCCUGGGAUGAGCCGAGGGAGUUCCAGAUCACGUGUGCCCCGGACUCGCUGGCUGAGGGCCCCUCGGGGCAGACUACCAUCAGUGUCAGCUUUCUCCUGCCGGACAUCACCAAUACGUUUGAAGCCUUCACGCUGAGCCUUCUGUCUUCACUCCUGAUCAGUGGCCCCAAUGCCCCCUUCUACAAAGCCCUCAUUGAAUCCGGACUUGGCACCGACUUCUCUCCUGAUGUUGGGUACAAUGGCUGCACUCGGGAGGCCUACUUCAGCGUGGGCCUGCAGGGCAUCGCAGAGAAGGACGUCCAGACGGUCCGGGACAUCGUGGACCGGACGCUAGAUGAUGUCAUCGAGAAAGGAUUUGAAGAGGAUCGCAUUGAAGCAUUACUUCAUAAAAUUGAAAUACAGAUGAAGCACCAGUCCGUCAGCUUUGGACUCACCCUGACGUCUUACAUUGCUUCCUGCUGGAACCAUGACGGGGACCCUGUAGACCUCCUGAAGCUCGGAAGUCAGGUGGCUCAGUUCCGAAAGUGCCUGAAGGAAAAUCCAAGGUUUUUGCAAGAAAAAGUGAAACAGUAUUUUAAGAAUAAUCGGCACAAGCUGACUUUAUCCAUGAAACCAGAUGAAAAGUAUUCCGAGAAGCAAGCACAGAUGGAAACAGAAAAACUGCAGCAAAAGGUCACUUCUCUUUCCCCGGAAGACAAGCAGCAGAUCUAUGAGAAAGGUUUGGAACUGCAGGCUCAGCAGAGUCAACCUCCGGACGCUUCGUGUCUGCCAGCGCUCAGGGUGUCGGACGUCGAGCCUCGCAUCCCGCUCACGGAGCUGGAGGUGGUGCAGGCAGCUGGGGACACGCCAGUCCAGUACUGCGCACAGCCCACCAAUGGCGUGGUCUACUUCAGAGCCUUCUCCAGCCUCAACGCCCUGCCUGAGGAGCUGCGGCCCUACGUGCCGCUCUUCUGCAGCGUCCUCACCAAGCUGGGCUGCGGCAGCCUCGACUACCGAGAGCUGGCCCAGCAGGUGGAGCUGAAGACGGGUGGCCUGGCUGCCGCCCCCCAGGUGCUCCCCGACGACUCACACCUUAACACCUACGAGCAGGGUGUGCUGUUCUCCUCCUUCUGCCUCGAUAGAAACCUAGCAGACAUGAUGCAUCUGUGGAGUGAGAUACUGAAUGACCCCCGCCUUGAGGAGGAGGAGCACUUCCGUGUGCUGGUGAGGAUGGCCGCCCAGGAGCUGUCUAAUGGUGUCCCCGACUCGGGCCACCUCUAUGCGUCCAUCAGGGCGGGCAGAACGCUGGCACCUGCGGGGGACCUGCAGGAGACCUUCGCGGGGAUGGACCAGGUGCUGCUGAUGAAGAGAAUUGCGGAGAUGACUGACCUGCAGCCCAUCCUGGGGAAUCUCCUGCGCAUCUGGAAACACCUGCUGAGCUGUGACAGCCUGAGAUGUUCUGUGAACGCGACUGCCCAACAGAUGUCGCAGGUGGAGGGCGCAGUGGAGACCUUCCUGAGGAGCCUCAGCCGGAGUGAGAAGGAGCAGAGGCCCGUGUGCCUGCACGUGGUGGAGAAACCUGCACCUAAGGCAUCCAGCGGAAGCUGCCCAGUCAUAAGGAGGCUGGUGACGGACCCCACCUUCGAGCCCUGCCAGAUGAAGACGCACUUCUUGCUUCCGUUCCCCGUGAACUACGUUGCCGAGUGCAUCAGGACCGCCCCGUACACAGCCCCGGACCACGCCAGCCUCAAGAUCCUGGCACGGUUGAUGACUGCUAAAUUCUUACACACGGAAAUUCGAGAAAAAGGUGGUGCUUACGGCGGAGGCGCCCGGCUCAGCUACGGCGGAAUGUUCACACUUUACUCUUACAGGGAUCCACGUUCCACGGAAACACUGCAGUCCUUCAUGAAGGCCAUCGACUGGGCCAAGGCCGGGAGGUUCACCCAGCAGGACAUUGAUGAGGCAAAGCUCUCGGUCUUCUCUGCCGUGGAUGCUCCGGUGGCAUCUUCAGAUAAAGGCCUGGACCACUUUCUGUACGGCCUCUCAGAUGAGAUGAAGCAGGUACACCGUGAGCAGCUCUUCGCCGUCUGCCACGAAGACCUGGUCGACGUGAGCAACAGGUACUUGGGCGCCAGGAGAAACACACACGGCAUGGCUCUGCUCGGACCAGACAACGCGAGCAUCGCUAAGGACCCAUCGUGGGUCAUAAGACAGCGGUGACUAGAUGAUGCGAGCAUCGCCAAGGCCCUGUCGUGGUCAUAAGACAGCGGUGACCCUGCCUCCUGACUCCGAGUGCCUUGCUUUCCUCACCUUUUAAGUUAUUUUCUUAGCAAGACUGUUAAUCAUGUGUAUAUAUUAUUUAUAUAUCAAAUAUAUAUGAUCGUAUAUACAUGAUAUCAUUUGAUAUCAUUCUUAAAAUUUUGCAUAAGGUCUUGCCUGGCAAGUCAGAUGAAAACUCUUCCAUCUUGAAGAAGGAAAUAGUGAUCACAAAGAAAUUAACUGAAAUCAUUACUCACUACAUGCCAGAGACGCACAGAGUAUAUAGUCUUGAGACUUUCUAAAGCUUUAAGUGCUGUUUUACUUUACUGUCCUAGUGCAUGCCUUUUAAAACUCAAAGGUGACUCUGACCUACCUGCGCUUUAGGCAUUAUUUUAAAUGACUAUUUGCUGAAGUAGUUUUUAGGGACUUUAUGGAGAAAUGCACGAGGUGUCCUGACGCUGCUGACGCUGGCCUCCACUCACUGGCUGCGGGGCAACUGUGUCCAGUCAGGCUCUGCUCCUAGGGGCACUGACUCUCCCCCAGCCCCCUCCUCCUCCAGGCACACAGGGUGGGGGUGGGGGCCCCUUCUCUGCAGACUCUGGGGUGCAUGCCUCCAUUCCCCCUUGGCAGCAUCACCUUCCCUGGUCCAGGGCCAUCUGUGCGCUGGGCACCACCCACGCGUUGCAGGUCAGAGCACUGCGUAUUUCCUCCGGUGACUUUGCCCUUGCCUGUGGCCAGCUCCAAUUCCCUAGAAAACACCUGUCUGUUUCUGCCAACAGAACCCUGACAGCCACCCGCACACCCCGAGGUCUUCAACUCCCACGUAGAAUAAAGACACUGGGCACAGUGGUUGGAGUUGUAGCCAACGUUUAAUUCUGCGGGGCCCGCAGGUUGUGAAGCAGGAGACAGGCAGCACAGGCGGCCCGUGCGCCAGCGCCUGGGGUCGGGCAUCACGUGGACGAUGCUCGCGUAAAGUGCUCGUAAAUAACUGGACCACGACAGCCGGCGGGCGGCACUAGAUGGCGGCCGGCUCCUCAGCGCCACGGGGCUGCACGGGCUCCAGCUGGCUAGCAUCCGACACCUCGAAGCUGACCUUGUACUUAGCCAGGAUCUUCAUGAGGGGCCGCAGCUUCAACCACCACUGCUCCUUGGGGAUCCGGUGCCUGCAGGGGGGACCAGGCUGAGCGAGGGUAGGGCCCACCCAGGGGGCCUCCCCCCGCCCCUGGCCUCAGGCGCUUACUCGAAGUCUGUCUCCUUCUUCAGCUCCGCCACGGGCUGGAACAGCAGUGUUCUCUUGCUGAUUCCCAGCACACACACAGAGUCCUCACUUAAAAAUUUUUUUCCUAUGAAAGGUAGAAAGAUGAUGUAAGAAAACAAGAGGUGAGGUCUAGAUAUUGGCACAAAUUACCAGGGUUUGGAGAGCAGGAGAGCAGGGGGCAUGGAGAGCUGUAGGAACUGCAGAGGAGAGGGUAAAUUGUGUAUUUUCAUGCCAAACGUCACAGAUUCAGACAAAAGCAGGUCUGUAAACAUGGAACACAUGCAGCCGUCCGCUCUCCCUACAGCAGAAGCACAGACAGGACACAGGCAGAGGUUUAUCGAACAUCCAAGAUCAGGACUCAGAGACGCUCUCCCCAGGGAACCCCCAGGCCUCUAGGAUGCUAGAGCAAGUCAGCCCUCUACACAGAGGGGAACAGACAAGGUGAGUGUAACAUGAGCAAGUCAGCUAAAGAAAAGUCAAGGGACCAUCCAUUUCAUUUAGUGCAAAAGUGUGUCCUAGCCUUCAUGACUGAAACAAUUCUUAGCGAACAUCAGAGCAUCCAGUAUCCACCAAAGACCAUCAGCAAAUAAGUUGCAGAAAGACUUCACUUAAAUAUUAGGGAGAAUUCUGAGUCAUGAGGCACUGAGGUGUUCCCUGUGUUAUCCAGGAGACAAGACAGGAGUUCUGUCACUACGUCUGUUGGGGUUUCUCUGGAGGAAACUCAUCCACAAAAAGUCAAGGAAGAAAAAGAUUUGCAUGCAGAUGCUGUGUGUGAGAAAACCAAGAAAAGUCGCAUCCAUGCAGAUGCUGUGUGUGAGAAAACCAAGAAGAGAUGCAUUUACACAUAAU